AUGCUCAUUGGGUCACUCUUCCUCAAAAUGAUGCUUUUGAACCCCUGGCAGCCGCAUACGAAGCAGUGGGCGUGCGUAAAGGCGCUUACAUCACCACCGCGCUGCCUCCCUCAUCACGGCGAGAAUUACGCACAAGUUUACGCACCGGAGCUACGCAAACAAAAGAUCACCUCAGAGGAGCCCCAUGCCACACGCGUCACCGGGGCACAUCUGGCCGUAAUUCAAUUCGCUUCAGGCUCCGAGCGCGCUGUUUGUGACUGUUUAUCUGCCACAAGACCGAGUGCGCGUUUGGCACAAUGGACAGAGCUGCAGGAUGGCAGCAGACAAACCAACCCUUCAAACUUCAAUAAAAUCCAUUUCAAACCAACUCGCCAACAUAACCGCCAUGUUCAACCCAAACGACCCGUGCCACCAUAA